GGGAGGCGGGGCCGGGGCGCUGGGCCCGGAGCGGAGAGAUGCAGAAGUACGAGAAGCUGGAGAAGAUCGGGGAAGGUACGUACGGGACGGUGUUCAAGGCCAAGAACCGGGAGACCCACGAGAUCGUGGCGCUGAAGCGGGUGCGGCUGGACGAUGACGACGAGGGCGUUCCCAGCUCUGCGCUGAGGGAGAUCUGCCUCCUGAAGGAGCUGAAGCACAAAAACAUCGUCAGGCUGCACGACGUCCUGCACAGCGAUAAGAAGCUGACUCUGGUCUUUGAGUUCUGCGACCAGGACCUCAAGAAGUACUUCGACAGCUGCAACGGGGAUCUGGACCCUGAGAUCGUGAAGUCCUUCAUGUACCAGCUGCUGAAGGGCCUCGCGUUCUGCCACAGCCGCAACGUCCUGCACAGGGACCUGAAGCCGCAGAACCUCCUCAUUAACAGGAAUGGGGAGCUGAAGCUGGCAGACUUCGGCCUGGCGCGGGCCUUCGGCAUCCCGGUGCGCUGCUACUCAGCAGAGGUGGUCACACUGUGGUACCGACCCCCGGAUGUGCUGUUUGGUGCCAAGCUGUACUCCACCUCCAUCGACAUGUGGUCGGCUGGCUGCAUCUUCGCAGAGCUGGCCAACGCGGGGCGGCCGCUCUUCCCGGGGAACGACGUGGACGACCAGCUGAAGAGGAUCUUCCGGCUGCUGGGCACCCCCACGGAGGAGCAGUGGCCGGCCAUGGCCAAGCUGCCUGACUACAAGCCCUACCCCAUGUACCCCGCCACCACGUCCCUCGUCAAUGUGGUGCCCAAGCUGAACGCCACCGGCCGGGACCUGCUGCAGAACCUGCUGAAGUGCAACCCGGUGCAGCGGAUAUCGGCGGAGGAGGCCCUGCAGCACCCCUACUUCACGGACUUCUGCCCCCCCUAAGCCCACACGGAGCCGUGGGGGCAGGGGGGGGAGCGGGACCCGGCGCCCCGUGCCCCCCUCCCCACCCGCUAUUUAUUAGGAUUUUAACCCAGCGCUGCCCUGGGCUGCCUGCGUGCCGAGUCGGGGCCGUGCUGUGCCCCCACUGCGCCGGUAUAGCAGCAGGAUGGGGGUCCGGGCCCCACACCCCCCCAGCCCUGGCGGCGGUCGAGGUCCCCUGGAGCUGGCCCCAGGGGUCGCCCCUUUCCCGACCGCGCUGUACGUGGGUGCGAUGCGUCUUUGUUACUGACAUAAAGAGCUUCCCUUCCCCCCCC